UCCCAAAAUUGCAGUUCCACUCAAAACAUUUUUUUUUUACCUUUCUAAGGUCUGCUCUUUGCAUUUGGAUAUCAUUCAAAAAGACAACUAGUAGCUGAGGUUGCAGACUUUUUAUUAAAGUUGAGAAACGGCCAUGCUACCUCAAUGGAUUCAAAGAAAAAGGAGGAGUUUAGAUGAGGGCAUUAUGAGAGGAGCCUGUGCCAUCAUGCUUUUUUAUCCUCCAGUCUGCUUUCAUCAGUCAUGUUGACAGUGGAUAAACCUUCACCACACAAAAAAGGUAAAUGCAGAUGAGCAUCAGUUUUUCUCAAAUUCCAUUAAUAGGACAAGAGGCAUAUAUAAAUGUGAAACUUUUUGCGGGAUCUUCAAACUAAGAUAUUAAGAUGAGCACUGACAUAGUGGAACAGUCUCACCAUGAACAAACAGACAUUGAACAAAAUGGCAUUGACUUCUCCAGACAAAUCAAGACAGAGGACAUCAAUGACUCCCCUCACUCAGUCACCUCUCUGAAGACAUGUCAUCUGACACAAGGCUCACCGGUGCAUGGUGGUCAGCUGAGCGGGGAGCUGCCCUCCCUACAUACCAUGCAGCAACUGGUCCUGAUGCCAGGAGCUCACCCAUCAUCCUUCCUGCUCUCACAGACUCAGACAAACCACCAAGCACUUUUGCAGCAGAACCUCUUGUCCCUGCCGACCCAGAGUCAGUCAGGCCUCUUGCAGCACCAGCCUGGAUUAGCUCUCACACCCCAGUCCAUGAGUCGUUCAGGUUUGGCUGGCUCAACCAUGGAGGGUCAUCUGGACAUGUCCCACCUACAGGUGCCUAAACACAUGGGAGUUAGCCAACAGGACGAACCUAGUGACCUGGAGGAACUAGAGCAAUUUGCCAAGGCCUUCAAACAGAGACGUAUUAAACUGGGCUUCACUCAGGGGGAUGUAGGUCUGGCUAUGGGGAAACUGUAUGGGAACGACUUCAGCCAAACGACGAUCUCACGUUUCGAGGCCCUUAACCUGAGCUUUAAGAACAUGUGCAAACUGAAGCCCUUACUUGAAAAGUGGUUAAGUGAUGCAGAGAACUCUCCAUCUGAUCCUAUGAGCGCCUCUGCCUCUCUCCCUCCCUUAAUGGAAGGAUAUGGCAGGAAGAGGAAAAAGAGGACGAGUAUCGAAACCAACAUCAAGCUAACCCUGGAAAAACGCUUCAUGGAUAACCCCAAGCCCAACUCCGAGGAGAUCACUCUGAUCUCAGACCAACUGUCCAUGGAGAAAGAGGUGGUCCGUGUCUGGUUCUGUAACCGCAGACAGAAAGAGAAAAGAAUCUACUGCCCUGUGUCCAACUCACCCAUGAAGUCUCAUAACUUCAACUCCAGAAUGCCAUCAUGUAACACAUUAUUUCAGGCGUCCACAUCUAGAUCAUACAGCCCUCUUGCUUCAGGGGGAGUAUCGUCCAGUUCCUCUCCCAGUAGUCCCAGUCGCGGGCCUUCCCCAGGCACUCUCUCUUCCGCCACCGCUACUUUGACCUCCCAGGUCAACCAGUCCUACAGCACUCCAGGGUCAUGGUAUCGAACAUGGAACCCAGCAUCAUAUCACCACUGAGAGAUACUUCAUUAGUAACUGUCCACAAUUAUUUUGAUAACGCAGACAAACUACUGAUGUCAGUAGAGUGAAAGGAAAUAUGUACCUACAAAUGUAAUAUUAAAUAAAUUAUGCAAUUGGUUUCAAAUACACCUUAAUGCAAAUGUUUUUUCACUGUGAUAAUCUGUGAGAUGCACAACAGCUCAAUUAUUGCCAGAAAAAAAUCCCUUCACAGGAGCAAAUUUCAGACCCGUUUUUGUAAAACUUGCAAAGAAAGUUAAAUCUAUGCAAUGUCUUUGUUUACAAAUGACCAUCAAUGCAAAAGAGUAUUGCAUUGAAAAAUGUAUACGUAAACACUUGCACGCAAUGAACAGCAGCAAUACUACAAAUGUUUAAAAUCUCUGUCACUAAAAUCUCUAAAUUGGGCAUUGCAGGUGAACUGACUUGAGCGACAUGUUUAGGCUACAGUAUGAAAAUGUUAACUGUUCCUUUUGUUAUUUAUCAUGAGUUAUUGUGUGUGAAGGUAUUGUGUGAAGGUGUACAUAUUACAAUGUAAGACAACAACUGUAUACGUUGUCCAUUGAUUGUAUUUUUUAUAUUUGCAUGUAUUUGUUUGAACAUUAGUGACAUUGGUAAAAGAUAGGAGUGUAUAGAUUUUGGGGAAAAAUAAAGUUUCUACUGAUCAAUAUUUGGUGGCCAAGCCGCAAAGUGGCGAAGCCACCUUAAGUGUUUCUACUUAUUCUUAUUAUUAGGGACCAAGCA